AUGAGCACCAAACCUGAUAUGAUUCAAAAGUGUUUGUGGCUUGAGCUCUUUGUGGGUCUAUUCAUUGCUGGCACCCUGUCUCUGGACUGUAACUUACUGAAUGUUCACCUGAGAAGAGUCACCUGGCAAAAUCUGAGACUUCUUAGUAUGAGCAAUUCAUUUCCUAUAGAAUGUCUACAAGAAAACAUAGCUUUUGAGUUGCCCCAAGAGUUUCUACAAUACACCCAGCCUAUGAAAAGGGACAUGUGGAAGGCCUUCCACGAAAUGUCCCUACAGGCCUUUAACAUCUUCAGCCAACACACCUUCAAAUCCACUUGGAAAGAGAAACACCUCAAACAAAUCCAAACAGGACUUGAUCAGCAAGCAGAGUACCUGAACCAAUGCUUGGAGGAAGAGGAGAAUGAAAAUGAAGUCAUGAAAGAAAUGAAAGUGGAUGAGAUGAAAACCUCAGAAGCCAGGGUCCCCCACCCGAGGAACCUGGAACUGAGGAGAUAUUUCAACAGGAUAGACAAUUUUCUGAAAGAAAAGAAAUACAGUGACUGUGCCUGGGAGAUUGUCCGAGUGAAAAUCAGAAGAUGUUUGUACUACUUUUACAAAUUCACAGCUCUUUUGGGAACUGAAAUCCUGUUCCCUCCGAAAUCCCUUUCUCCUUCUCUUCCUCCAUCUUCUAAGGAUUACUGUGCUAUUCUGCAAGCCUGGCCUCAGUUGGAUUGGUGGCCUGGGAACGUAAGGGACAUUUGCCUCUCUAAGGAGACCAAGAGUCUUGUUAGAAAGUUUUAA